UCACAAUCUGCUUCUUGUAGCAUCCAUCAGCCUCUGCGCCGAGAGGAGUGGAGUAUGAGCGCACGCGGCAAGAGAGCACAGAGAGCGCGAGAGAGGGAAUACGGCGCAGACUGGGAUUCAGUAAGCAUCCCCUAAAGCCUCUCUCUCUCCCUCUAGACUUAGCUCACAUCUGUACCGGUUCAGCUGUUGUUUGCUGUCGGCGUGCGUGGAGAGGAGCAGAAAACAAGCGCGUGAUGUUGGUCGGGGCGGACUAGAGCGGAAAGCGCCGGGACUGGGAGAAACUCGCGCUCGCGCACUCCGUGGACCCGGGAUUAAAGACAGACAGCAUCUUCUACGACCCGCCUCCCUGUCUCUCUCUCGCUGUCUCUCUCACCCACACACAGGGCAGGCACUCAUGCACGACGGGAUGUUGUGUCGUUAGGCUGCACGUGAGGUGUGUGCGUGUCAGCGAUGGACCUGAAGGAGAGCUGUGGAAGCGAAGCCAGUCGUGAGACAGAGAGCAGGAGCAUGGGAGGCCCGUCGUCUUGGCAGUCGUUCACCCACAGAAGCACACUGCACGGUUUACGCUUCAUCUUCCCCUACUCUUCCUCCUCCCAUCGCUCUGCUUCACGCCGGCUUCUUUGGGGCGCCGCCCUGCUGGCCAGUCUGGUGCUGCUGGUCCUGGAGAGCGCAGAGCGUCUGGCCUACUUCCUGUCCUACCCUCAAGUCACCAGCGUGGACGCUGUGGUUUCUGGGAGCCUGGUCUUUCCUGCCGUCACCGUCUGUAAUCUCAACGCCUACCGUUUUACACGGCUCACGCAGAAUGACCUCUACCACGCCGGGGAGCUGUUGGCCUUGCUGGACGUGCACCUGCAGAUUCCCGAUCCGCACCUGGCCGAGCCUCACGUGUUGGCCUUCCUCACAGAGAAAUCCAACUUCACUAACUACCGGCCCAAGGCCUUCAGCAUGCUGGAGUUCACAGAGCGAGUGGGUCACGACCUGAAGGAGAUGAUGCUUUACUGCCGUUUCCAGGGCCAGGAGUGCAGCCACCAGGACUUCAAAACCGUGUUUACACGCCAUGGGAAGUGUUACAUGUUUAAUGCUGCAGAAGAAGGCAAGACUUUGAGGACCACAAUGAAAGGAGGCACAGGCAAUGGUCUGGAGAUCAUGUUAGACAUCCAGCAAGAUGAAUACCUACCUGUGUGGGGGGAAACAGAAGAGACAGCGUUUGAAGCAGGUGUGAGGGUGCAGAUCCACAGUCAGGCUGAACCUCCUUUCGUGCAUGAACUUGGUUUUGGAGUCUCCCCGGGCUUUCAGACCUUUGUGGCAACCCAGGAACAGAGACUGACCUACCUUCCUCCUCCGUGGGGCGAGUGUGUGUCCAGAGCCCUGGAUUCGGGCCUUUUCCAAGUGUACAGCGUCUCCGCCUGUCGAAUAGAGUGUGAGACACGAUACAUUGUUGAGAACUGCAACUGCAGGAUGGUAUACAUGCCAGGUGAUUCACCGUACUGCACACCUGAGCAGUAUAAAGACUGUGCUGAACCUGCUCUUGCUGCUCUGUCGUCUGUUGAAGGCACUAACUGCAUCUGCCGGAGCUCCUGUAACAUGACCCGAUACAACAAAGAGCUCUCCAUGGUCAAGAUCCCCAGCAAAACCUCUGCACGCUACCUGGAGAAGAAGUUCAACAGAUCUGAGAAGUACAUCACGGACAAUAUCCUAGUUCUGGAUGUGUUCUUCGAGGCUCUGAAUUAUGAGACCAUAGAACAGAAGAAGGCCUAUGAGGUGGCAGGUCUACUAGGUGAUAUCGGUGGUCAGAUGGGCUUGUUUAUCGGCGCGAGCAUCCUUACCAUUCUGGAGCUCUUUGAUUAUGCGUACGAGGUGGUGAAGGAAAGGCUGUUGGACAUGUUGAACCGAGAAGAGGAGGAAGAGAGUCAUGGAGAGGAUGUGAGUACGUGUGAUCCAGUAGUGAAUCACUCUGAAUCAAUUAGUCACACAGUCAGCGUCCCGCUGCAGACCACCCUGGGCACCCUCGAGGAGAUAGCCUGCUGAGUGCAUUAACUCUCAACACCACCAGGGGGAGCCAGGAAUUCUGCCUCUCGCUCCUUAAAGACAGACUUAGGACCCAAGGGGCCAAGAAAAGGGAAAAAAGAAAAGGGGUAAAGUCUCUUUUUCUUUCAAACUUUCAAAACUCGUGAUAUCAUAUGGCGCAAACAAGACAACCCGAAGCCAAUGAGCUUCUUUCGCAACACAAGGACCUCAGCGUUUCUCACAAACACCAUCUGUUUGAUCUGGACUCAUGAAGGAAACCCGAAGCUUGUGGACGACAACCGCUUGUAAACAAAAACACGAGCAUGUGGGGAACUGCAAACGCACAAGGCCAAGGCCUCAGUGUGCUCUCGUGUUCAGCCUGGCCACCAUUUUGAAGUCUACUGCCAAAACACUGUAAAUUAUUAACCACAGAAAAUGUUGUGAAACUGUUCUAACUGUGCAUGUGUCAAUUUCAUUCGUUACAAAAUGGUUUUCUCAAUCGUCGUCCUCUGGCACACAGAGACCGUACUGCCUUCUUGUGCUGUUUGUUUGCUAUGUGUUUCUUCAUUUGAAUUGGCUUGUUUAGGUAUCAAUGAUGCAUCAUAAAACCAAAAGCAUUUACCUUUUUUACUUCAUUUUUAGCAGAGCCUAAAAAACUAGAAUUUUCCAUUUUGACCCUCAAGCUAGAUACCUGAUGUGAUCCUCCAUACACCCGAUUAAGGCUGUCAUUGUUGAGAGACACAUUAAAAGCACUUUUCAAUGAUAAAAGGAUGUUCAUGCUGCCAUAUACCUGACCAUCUUUUAACAGGAAUAUCGCAGACAUGAAGAAUUUAGAGAUUUAUCAUUGUCUUUGUCCAUCUCAUGAGUCCAGCUCUUCAUGUGUGCUGAAGUUUGUAACACUAUAAUUGUUAUCUGAUAUUUACUACCGUGCCACAGUGUUUUUUGAUAAUGGACCAUAGCCAGUUUAAAGGUGUGGUUGUGUUUCUUUUGCUCUAAAGGUAAGGUUCUUUUCUCAUGAGUAUAUACAUGAGCUGACCCAUUCCUCCUUUAAUUUGUACAGUAUUUGAGCCACAACUCAUUAACCGAGGGACAAAAUAUUCUUGCAGAACAUUCGUUGGUUAGUCCCGGGUGAGGAGAGCGAGCUUGUACCCUGAUUGCAUUUCUCCAAAACACGCUCCACCUCAAUAUUCAAUAUAGUAAUAACAACCGGCAUGAAAUUAGCCACGAAUAAAAGCUUGUCAAAGCUUGUAGCUUGUGAGUAUUUUGAACAAAUUGUUGUGGGACACAAAGUCCCCUCACAGAGUACCGCAGUCACACUGCACAUUUGUUGACAAGCUCCUGAAUCUUACAAAUAAAUAAAUAAAAACAUAUUGGAUUUGUUUAAUAAACACGGGCUUUUAUCAGAAUUCCAAACAUGACCCUGGGAAUUCUUGUCCAAUUUUGUUAUUUUGACCUUAGAGAGUAUGCAAAUACCAGUCAUAAAUAUCCAUGUGAAGCUAUUUUUGUACCUAAUGUCUAAUAAUGCAAAAUCUAAAAUCAAGAUUAUUAUUAAAAUUAGAAACACUUUUUGCCACAUGGAUUAGAAUAAUGAAUGUGUUGCAGUACCUGUUGUUUGUGGCACGUGACUGAGCCAUGUUGUUGUGUUAAUGCAAACACACGUUGCUUAAUGUUGUUACAUUUCGUUCUAUGAAAACAGCGCUGGGUGGUACAUGCAGAUAUCCUGUCUGGAAACUCUUCUGAUUUGUGAAGUAUGCUAUCUGUGACAAUGUACAUUUUGUAACAAUAGACCAGUUUUGUUUGUCAGGAUACAAUUUGCAGUUUCAUCAAAUGUAAUGGACCGUGGAGGAUAAAAAACUCUUAUCUUUAUUGGUUAUAAAUUGUGAUCAUUUUUAGACCUGUAACAAAGAUAAAUCUGUAAGCCUCACAGGGUUUCAAGCAAGUGCAGAAGAAAAAAAUCAAACCUACAGCAUCAGUGUAAAACGCACUCGACAACGAACGGUUAUGUGAAAACCUCCAUAAUGUCAAAUAACUUUAGAAGACGUUCUUGCCAUGUGGAAAAAAACAACACCAGAGGGGAGUCACAUCACCUUUGCUAUUUUCUCAUUAGUAGAAACCAGACAGGUUGAUGGUUUCUAACCCCAAGGGUAUUUGCUGCAGUACCUCAGACUUUAGAGAUGAAAACAAUAAAAGCUAAAUGGAUUAC